UGGGAACUGAAGCAAAAUGGCGGAUACGUUUGCGAAGUACCACUGUAAUUACUGCGAGGAGGAUGUCAACGGGCUGAGGGUGAGGUGUCUGGAGUGCGAGGACUUCGAUCUCUGUUUACAGUGCUUUUCCUGCGGUGCGGAAAUUGGCAAGCAUAAGCGAAGCCACGGGUAUCAAUUUAUGGCCGGUGUUUUCCAGGACACAGGAAACUUUAGCAUUUUCCCUGGUCAAGGCCACUGGACAGCACGGGAGGAGGUCAGACUAUUGGAUGCCAUUGAGCAAUAUGGCUAUGGCAACUGGGAGGACAUUGCCCGACACAUUGAGACGCGCACGCCUGAAGAUGCAAGGAACAAGUACAUCAGCAGUUACAUAGAAGGGAACAUUGGCCGUGUCUCCUGGAAGCCUGCCAUGGAGAGAUUACAGCUGCCCAUUGAGCACACCACCACUGACACCGGCCCACUCUCCCCAACACUUGGCUCCUCCCUCCCCACACAGCCACUCUCCUCCGAGGAAAACACCAUCCUUGGAUACAUGCCCCACAGAGACGACUUUGAGCGGGAGUGGGACAAUGAUGCUGAGACCACAAUAGCACCUCUCUUCAUACACCCUGUGGAUGAUGAGGAAGUGGACAUGGCGCUUAAGUUAGCACAGGUUGACAUGUACAUGCGGAGGCUGCGUGAACGUUCCCGGAGAAAAAGAGUUGUGAGAGACUUCCAAAUAGUGCCACAGUUCUUCAAGAAGGAGAAAGAGAAAGUACAAGUUCCCCCAAAGAAGAAGAGCAAAGAUGACAGAGACAGUUUGGCAGAAAAGUUACGGUCCGUCAGUCAGUUCCAGACAGCGAGUGAACACAACAACCUCAUAUCAUCAUUAGUGCGUGAGAGGGAACUCAGAACCAGAAUAAAGGAGUUGCUGAGGUAUAGAAGAAACGGAAUCAGGCACGUUGAAGAAUGCCAUGAGUUUGAGGUAGCCAGGGCGCGAAGAGACAAAAAGAAAGAGAACAAAAAGAAAGCACCGAGUAUUCACAACUUUGCCUUUCAUGCAGGCCAGCCUGCCUCAGACUCCAACGACUCAAAUGGACCUGUCCGCAAAGUCAAAAGAAGCUCUAGACAAGGAAGUGAAGAAACGACGCAAGAAGUCCGAAAUGUUUAGCAGAAAAAAAAUUCACGCCUCUCGAUACUGGAGGUGGAAAAUGGCUCAGCGCGAGCUUGAGCGGCAGCGUGCUGAACGGGAGCGACGGCACGAACAACUGGGGGGGCGGGAGCAGCACAGCACAGGGGGGCCCGGGGGGGGCAGCCGGGGCGAGUGAUGACCCAGUCCCCAUCUCCUCACUCCCAGGAUACCAUCUCCUGUCCCAGAGGGAGAGGAAGCUGUGUUCUGCCACGAAUAUCAAACCAUCUCAGUACAUAGCUUACAAGGCAGUUUUACUGAAGGAUGAAGGUGAUAAGCAGCAGUCUGGCGUGGGGCCGUCCACCCGGCGCGGGGCCUGUACUCCUCAGGGCCUUGAUUCACAGGCUCAGCGCAUGAUUACCAACUUCAUGACUCAAGCAGGAUGGAUCUCUUCGUUUACGUGACCAUCAGUGAACUAUGGGACCUGAACCCUGCAGUCCAAGUCUUGAUAGAGGGCGGUGGCUAUGCUGCCCCACACCUGCAGGACUGUCGCUGAGAAUUGUCUCAGGUUCCAUAUAAAAUUUUGUACGCAUGGAAUGAGCUGCAGCAGAGGGACUACGCUGCCUUGACGGCUCCGUGUGUUUGUUCUGGUGCAGCUGCUAAUCUGUGAAGGGUUGCAAUUCACCAAGUGAAGUUGCAGUGAUUCUUUUCUACAAUAUUGUUUACCAUGAGGUGUUUUAGGAUAAGUCCUGAUUGUAAUUUUUAACAUGUGCAUUUACGGAUAGAAGAUCCAUCGUGUGCGAGGACAUAUCAUGGGUGGUGUCCAGCCUAUGUGGUCCAGACUGACACUGCUGCAUCAUCUUGCUGCCUGCCUGUGGCAAGAGAGCCUUAAGUCCUUAUGAUAGUCAUAAGAAACAGUAAAACUUAGCUGCAAUAUUUGCAUAGAGCUUGUACUGGUGAUGGUUGUGUAGUUUUGUCUCAUUAUUCCCAUUUUAUUUUACUCCUCAGUAGUCUUCAUUCAGACACAAGCCAUUUAGUAGCCUCUAUUUUAGGAUAUGCAACUGUUAACGAUUUGUUACUGUUGGUGUUUAAUGUAUGUGAAUCUUCAUGCAUACCAGCAUGUCCAAGCGUCAAUGUUGUGUAUUCCCAUACUUAAGCCGCAGGUUCUUGCUGCCCCGGAUAUUUGGACAGGUUGUGGUGACACAGUGAGGAGGAUCCUGGGGUGCGUCAUUCAGUUCCUGGGGCAGGGCAGGGAGACGGGGCAGGGCAGAUGUACAGGUGGGGCCCAGAUUUGUACAAAAGUAUCUUUAAAUGUAUUAUUCAUAUCUCUAGCUGUAAUUUUUUGGUAAAAUGGUAAAAGACUUUAACUAUAUUUAAGGAACUGCAUUUUGUUUUAAUUAUAUUUAAAGAGCUGCAUUUUGGAGACUCUGGAUUGUGUCUUAGCUAGAGGUUUAGCAUCAAGUGAUCUGAUUAGCAUCAAGUGUCCAAGUCAUGUUAACAUGUCUGGCAUUUUUCAAGAUUGCAUUCAUAUUACGUGGCAUUACCAAGGUCGUGCAGUACCUCUAGAAUGUUGUACAUAUACCAGAGAGUUCCUGAAAGUGUCAAUUAUAGUGAAGGAAGUUAAAUAAGGUGGCUCAUCACUGAUAAUGGGAAAAGCUGUUAUCUUUGUGAUGCCCCAAGACUCAAAAGGUCAGGCUCAAAGUAGGUACUAGCAUAUUGAGGGUGACUCAGAUAUCAGAAUGAUCAGUCAUAACAAUGAUUUCAGAAAUGAUUUGCUUCAGGGGUCAUACUGUACUAAAUAUUGAUGCAGGAAUUACAAUAUUUUAUUUAUGAAAUAUUAAGAUAAAUUCCAUGAUAGCAUGAUAUAUAUAUUUUUUUUAAUGGAUGCUGUUUUCUUUUUCUUUUCUGAACCAGGUAUGAAGCUCGGUUUUGUGUAAUCAUUGUGAUUAUUUUUUUAAUGACAGAAGAAAUGUAUCUUUUUUAUUAUAUAUUUAAGUAUUGUAUUUGUUACUGUUGGUGAGCAGAAACUUGACAUUGAAGCCUCGUUGUGAUGGCUACACCACAAGCUGGUCUCUCAGUACAACUACAUUAGCCUUGUGCUCUGUGAAUGCAAACUUAUCAAAUGAUGUGCCACUUACUUUACUAUCUCAAAAACAUUCAUAUAAAUGAUUUGUUUGAAGCAGUCAGUGCCACACCAUAACCUCAAACAUCACGUGUCCCAAAGUAAGAACAGAGGUCAGCAUCAGAUGUAGCAUUGUACUAGAGACUCCUCCCCAUCAUCUCCAUCAGCUUUCUACUUUGAGGUUUUAGCUGUUCAGUUUUUGCUCAGAAUAUCUUCUAGUCAUGGUGAUAGCAAGGCCUCCAUUUUAUGCAUCUCAUUCAGGUUGUUCAUGUGGAGUGCUUCCUCCAGCUGCAGCCACAGACACACAGGGUGCACACCCCAGCCUUGGUGGGUGUUUUUGUGAGGAGCAGAAUCAAAGUCUGUUUUGUGUAAUGUAUUCAUGGAGGCUGAUGUCAGGCAAGCCACAAAGUUUAGUUGUGCAAUUAAAGAUGCAACAAGUAAACAGUAGCAAGAGGAGUGCAGUAUUCACAAAUGUUUCUCACCUGCUAUAAUUUGCCAUAUUUGAUAUACCAAGAAAGUUGAAUAUUAGUGCUUUUGUUCAGAGGUAGGGUUAAUGGCAGAAUUUGGGUGAUUUUUGGUCGUGCUGAUUGCAGAAAAAUGGACAGCAUCUGGUGGGACUCAGCCUUAUGACUUGAGUUAUCCACUUUUCUGUGCUAAUCAUCCAAGUGCUUACCUCUUCUUACCAUCAGGUGGAUGGACAGGUGUCACUGUGGAGAUUACCUUCUGUUUAUUGAGAAAAGAUUUCUUCAGAUAUUUCUAUACUGGAGUACUCUCUACUGGCCACUUUUCUUAUUUUUUUAUGUUGAUAAAUUGUAUCAGCAAUGAUUUGAAUGACAAACGUAGGCCUGGAGAUAUCAGGUCCAGUGUGUUGUGUGGACAGGAGUAAGGAGGGUGACAAUGGACAGCAAAAAGUGAAGGAUCAAUAAAUAGAGGACCUGCAUUAAUUGUAGGGAAGGUUCAGUAUUAUAGUGAGAGGAGGAGGUGAUGUGAUAAAGUCGAGGGAGACUGGAAACCUGGACAUGUGGUGAAGAGCUCCUUUGUCAAAUACUCUUAUUAGAAAUAUAUUUAAUGUAAAAUCA